CUGCUGUUGUUUUUGUUUGUUACUUUUUUUGUGUGUUCACUGUUCACUGUGCCGUCUGUGUCUCUACACUGCUCGUGUCUGUCGAACCGUUGCGCGGUGGUUGUACGUGCGCUCAGCUCAUUCAAGUGUCCAACUUUUGUCGGAGCGGUCGCAUCGGUACGGAUAAAUUCACACAACGUUCGGCAGCAGUCAGUCCGCUGAUUGCCAAGUGCGGUACAAUAAACGGGAGCGCCUAGUGAUACAUAUAUUUAUUAUCUGUGUGUACAUACUGGACAGAUCGUUUGGAAUUAAUGUGCAGCUACAUAUAGGCACUUUAUGAACUUUGCUGAAGGCGCUCCAACUGGGGAUAUACAUAUGUAUUUACAUAUAUACAGGCAUAUAAAGACGUAGUUGCCGUUUUUUUAUUGUUUUUGUGGUGCUGCUACAGCUGCCAUCAUCGCCACAGCAAUUGCCUUUAGUGCUGCUGUUGGUGGUUAUAAUCUGCGUCGCUGUUGAAGCCGUAGCUACAGACCCGUUGCUGUUACUCGUGCCGUUGCCAUUGUCCGCCAACCAGUCGCGGCUAGCAGUCCCAAUAUUGCCACUGUGCUUGCUGUAUCACCGCCGUCUACAUAUACGCCAAUCGAUAUUUACUGGCUGUGGUCUGCGUGCGCUGAGGACCAUCAAAUCCAACUAAAAGCAUACAUACCUGCAAGCGUGCAUUUUCAUACAUACCUGGAUGCAUAUGUGCAUGCUUGAGUAUAUACAAAUAUACUUGCAUAUGAAUAUGCAUACAUAAAUACAUAUAUAAUUGUGUACGCUCGCUAAUAACGCCUAAUUGCAAACUACAUAUACAUACAUACAUACGGUAAACGCAAAGUGCGAAGAAGGUGCGCGCUAACAAGUGUGUGCAUGGGAAUGUGCGCGCGAUGCAUUACCACUUGUGCUUAUCAAAACAAUUAAUAAAUAAUAAAAUAAAAAAGUAAUAAACUCUAACCGGGCACUCGCUGAAAUUUACGAUAAACCAUAACAGCAGAGCAUAACAACGAUUGUGACAAAUGAUGCUUGGCUGGUUAUCAAAAUAAAAACUUUCCUUACACGUUGAUAGAAACGAGUAAUUUAGCGGAUUAUAGACCAUUGUGCUGAAUGUCAAAUAAUAAUUGUGAAAUAAUUGAGCACUCAAAUAUGAAAACUCCACGCGGCGCUAGUGAAUCGUCUACGACGUCCGACAACACAACCGAAUUCAUUGAUAUCGUCAAGAAGUAUGAUGUUGUUUAUAAUACACACAAUCCCGAUUACAAGAAUGUCGAAGUGAAAAUGAAGGUUUGGUCGCAGAUUGCAGAGGAGAUUGGUCUGUCUAUUGAUGCGUCCAAACGAAAAUGGAAGAAUCUACGCGACAGCUAUACCAAAUAUUUGCGCUCUUUUCGCGUCGGCACCAAAACAUCGAAGAAAUAUCAGUAUUGGGCUCAUGCCGAUCAUAUGGACUUUCUAAAACCUUAUCAGGGACCCGGCAGAGUUUUGGCACGUGUCCAUACUUACAGACAUUCGAACGGCAACUCGAAUAGCAGCAAUAGUCACAAAGCCAAUGAAGAUACCGAGGAUACAGAGUGUGAUUUCGGUUUUCAAGUACUAACCAAAGCUGCUACUAAUUCUUCUUCGGAGGACGAUUUAAAAUUUAAUGCCGCAUCUACAAUGCCAGCCAGCACAACAGCCCCACCAACGCCAGCACCAGCACCGGCAGCGGCUACUAUGGUCACCAUUCCACCGGCAAGUGUAUGUAGUACAAUCGCAAAUACCACAGUAACUGCCGUGCCAUCGACUCCUAAUCCCAAUCCCAAUCCAACACCCGCACAUUUUCAAGCUUCAGCUGCUGUUGUUUCAGUACCUGCAGCAUCUGCGGCUUUCUCGCCCAACAAUUCGGCAGCUAUUAAUUGUAUUGCUCCCAGCAAUAGCAUUGCUGUCACUGCUGCUUCCGUUGCUGCUCUAACUAAUUGUAUUGGUGCACCGGCGGUUAAUGCAACCGCAGCUGGCGCACUUGUAUUGCCGGUACCAUCCCUACCAACUGUACAAUUGCCGCCGGUACAACCUCUGAGCAAACCACUUUUGGGUCCCAUUUCGACUAUGGGUCCCACAAAUAUGCCGCCGGCACAAAUAUUUCCGUUGCCGCCAUUGGCAAAUGUACCAAAACCCACGGCGUUGAUGCCGACGAGCAGCGCGGCCAGUAGCGUCGGUUGCCUCAUUAUCGAGCCACAGUUAUUUGCUUCGGCAGACACAUUUAAGAAGGAGCUAAGUGCUCCCACAAUUGGUCUAUUCCAUAACAUAACAUCACCUGCAACGACCACGGCCAGUUCAACACGUGUCAAUCCGCCGCUCAUAUCCAAGAUACGUCGUGUACAGCCAUCCCCACAAACGGCAGCCAUUAAUUUGAGUUUCAGCGCAAUGCAGCCCUCUACGAAUAACAACAGUACCGUUAAUAACAGCAAUAAUAACAACGGCAGCCAGCCGCCACCAGCAAAGACACGUAAAACGAGUGACCGUGCAGAAGUUGAUAUCUCAGCUAUAUUGCAGGCAAAUCGCGACUUGGAUGCCAACACGUUAUUUUUCCUUAGCCUUGCACGCAUGGUGCGCGCCAUGCCAACCAAAUUCCAGUCGCUCGCAAAAAUGAGAUGCAUGCGUAUAGUCAGCGACAUAGAGUUGGAACUGGAAAAUGUAAACGAAUGCGGGGGUAUGCCAUCAAAUGAUGAUUCGAACGCCGGUAAAUUUUGCAGCAUAGAUUCUUCGCCCUCCCCACCAGAUGGUGCUACCAUUAUACCGAGUAACCCGGUCACCGAUGGAGGACCAACAGAACACUUUGUUUAUGUAAUGUCGCCAUCGCGUGUUGAGAGCAUGAUUGAUAUUUCAUCCGAUGAAGAUGGUACCAUGAAUGGUAAUUAGUUGGGUACAAAUUAGCAUCUCAAAAAAUAAUGUAGUAAAAUGUAAAUAUUUAAUGAAAGAUACUCAGAAUAAAUUUUAAGGUAAUUUUUAAACAAUA